CGGGAAAGAGGGCGAAGGAGAGCCGUCUGUCACGUCGCAUUUUCCCCCAAAUUCGGGGCUUCCUUCGGCGUGCGUCGGGCGGACAGCUGCUGGGCGACCACACAGCGGCGGCGAUGGAGAGCAGCCAGAACGCCUAUGGUGAUGUAUUUGCUCCUCCACCGAAGGGGAUGCCGCUGAAACGCUUGCGAAUGCAGCAAAGCGCCCACCACGCCCACCACGCCCCUUUCCCGCAGCCAACACUUCCUGGAGCCCGAGAGUGAGAAGCAAGACCCAGGGUUGCCAGCGGCCUUCCAGCGAUCGCCGAAGGAGGAUGGCGACGUUGGCGGCGCUGCUGACACCGAGGCCGACUCGAAGGCUGAAGAGAUAUGCUGCUGUGGUGAAGCAAGUGCACGAGGACCUGGACGCCACCUUCCAAGAGCAGUACGAUAACCUGUGUCGGCUGCAGCAGGAGGAGGAUGCCGUGACGGAGCGCAUGCAGAAGCUACGGGCGGAGGCUCAUGCUGCCAACUCCGGCAUUGAACAGCAGGUUUCUCGCAUUGUGGGGAGGAUGAAAACUGCCCUUGAUCGCAUACAACAGAGCAUGGUAUGAAUGCGAGCUGCGCUAUCGUGAGAAACUGGUAUUUAUGUUAAUGAGGCCUUGCUUAUUUUUGUAUCAUCCAUUUUGAAAGGUUAGAGAAUUAACAAAUGCUUUAACCGCCCAAAAAUAUCAGCUUAGUAACUAAGAUAAUGUGUGAUGUAGUAGGUAUAUGGAUAUCAGAAUAAGUUUUCUUUUUUUUUAUUCACAAAUUGUAUCCCCUUGAUUUACGGUAAAAAGCGACUCGGUUUAUUGUAAUAUAUUUUCCUAUCUGGUCUGUAUUGCAAAUUCAUGUUUUAGUUUUCGUGAACUUUUGUACAAAUAAAGUUUUGCAAAUUCA